AGCCGGUUAACAGGUCUUGAUGUUCAUUGUUGCUACAAUCUAUAUGCAAUGAAAUGUCAACUGCUGCACAACAUUUGAUAAAUUAAUACUUCAUUUUAAAAAAUAUAGAUAAGUUUGAAUUCUCAUGUGAUAUUUGAACGGCUUUGGAAAAUUCUUUGAGUAAUCCUUAUGUUUGUUGUGUUACAAAUAUGAUCAAACCUGAAGAUAGUCAAAGUUUAUUAGAUGAAAUUCAAGCAUUGGAAGAUGCCUUGGUUGCUCAAGGAGGUUCCAGUCCUGAAUGCAAUCAAAAAACUUUUCAUCAGUUUCAUAAAAAUGAAAAUGAAAAUAUGAUGGAUAUUGAUUCAUAUGAAAAUGAAAGUGAUUACAUGGAUGUCGAUUCAGUUGAAAAAGACAAUGAUGAAUACCAGUUUGAUCGUAACUGUAAUAAUUUACAAGACUUAUUAGAAAUGAAUAAGGUUUUAUUCGAAUCAAUAUCUACUGCCCGUCAAAAGAUGACUAAAAUGCUUGUUGAUUGUCAGAAUAAAUUACAUGCAAUUGAAGGGCAAAUAGCAAACCAACAAACUAAUGUUUAUCACAAUAAAAUUAUAUGUUUUAAUGCUGGUAUGCCAUAUUUUAAGGAUCGAAAUUAUUUUCAUCCUCAAAGAAAUGAAGAUACCGAAAGAAAAAUAAAAAAUGGUGAAUUAAGACUCGGUAAACUUCAAAGAAUACACAAAUGGAAUCCUGCUGAUAAAAGUAUUUUGUUGCAAUCAAUAAAACAUGAAGUGAAUCUUAAAAUAUCUAAAAAGCAAGAAAUGGAAAAUAUGAAUGGUGCAAUUACUAAAACUAGUCAAUUACCAAAAGAUGUUAAACAAGCUAUUGGAUCUUUGGGAAAUAUGAAAUUUGAUUGGUUGAAAAUAUGUAAUAUGAUGCCAGAAAGUAAGCAUAAUGCUGAAGAAUGUGAAGUUAUGUGGAAUGUGUUUUUACAUCCAGAUAUUAAUAAACAAAGAUGGACAGCACAAGAAGAUAAAAAUCUUAACAGAAUAGUUGAUGAACAUGAAAAUGAAGACUGGGAUGGAAUUGCAAGAAAUUUAAAUACUGGUAGAAGUGGUUAUCAAUGUUUUGUUCGUUACAAUACAAAUAAUUGGAAAAAUUUGAUGAAAGGUGUGCUAUGGUCAGCCAGAGAUGAUACUAUAUUACUAAAAUUAGUUGAGAAACUGAAAAUGGGAGAUUACAUUCCUUGGGGGUACAUUGCAAGCUGUAUGAACAAUUGGACUAAACAGCAGGUAUAUUUUAGAUGGAAUUAUAGUUUGGCACCUUACCUUAAAAAGGGGAGGUACACUGCAGAAGAAGACAAAUUACUUUUAAGUGCAGUGAACAAAUAUGGAAAAAAUUUUACACAAAUAUCUGCUUUGGUAAUGCCUCAUAGAACUAAUAUUCAAUUGAAAGAACAUUAUUUGACAUUGAUUCAGAAAGGUCAAAAAAAAAUUUGGACAAAACAAGAAGAUCAGCAAUUAAUAGAAUUAUACAAUAAAUAUGGAACAAAUUGGGCAAAAAUCAAACAAGAAUUUCCAACAGCCAGCAGAGCUCAAUUAAGGUUACAUCAUUUGAGCCUUCAACGUGUUAAAGGAAAUUUGAAUCCUAAAACUGUAGAAAAGGAUACUCCUAUGCCAACAUAUAUAAUUUACAAUUCCAAAACACCAUGGUUGCGUGAAAAUACUGAUAUUUGUAUGAAUCAUAUGAAAAUUGAUGAUCAGCUAGUAAACUACUUCCGGAAAGAGACUAAUUCCAGAAUAAAUGAAAAAUCGAAUAAAUCUGAAAAACUGAAUAUGAACGUUCGUAAGUUUCAUGAUGUUUUGACAAAGUUGAAUGUACACAUGCAAAUACCUGAAUAUAUUAACGAGGGAAUAGAAUUGGAUAAAGAACAUAGAUCAUUAUUUUUAUCUUUGCAAGAAUAUUUAGAAAUUAAAAAGAUAAGCAUUUCUGAAGAAGUAGAGAAAUUAAGACUAAAAAUGUUUGGUCCAAGAAAAUUAUUACUUGAUCACGAGCGUUUUAUACCACCUUUACCAUUUGGACAUUGUGUUUCUAAAGUUAAAAAAGCUAAGAAAUCAAAUUCUUUGGAUUAUUUAAAUGAUUCAAACAAAUAUCAGGUAGAAUUACCAAUGGAAAUAGAAGAUGAUAAAAAUAUAUCUGAAUUCCUUGCAGAAGAUAUUAUUCAGUUUGAAAAAUUCAAAAAUAUGGUUACCACUAAAACAGGUGGAUUUGAAGAAUUGAAGAGCUGGUCUCCUGAACAAUCUUUGCCAAAAUUAGCGCAAUUUAAAAAUUUUGAAACCAAUUCAGAAACUGUAAUGAAAUACAGUUGGAAACAACACAAAAUGGUACCUAUCACAGAAUGUGAAGAUCCUCAUGAAGUGUUUGUGACUGAGAAAGAACCUCUUAAACUCAUAAGGCCCAAUAGAACUGCACUUCAAGCGUAUCAAGAACUAUUAGUGUCUUCGGAAAAUUUUCCAACUGAAAUGAGUUUGAAUCAUCCAAACCAUAAAUUGACAUCUAAUGGUCGUAAUGCUUUGAUACUGUUAAAAAAACGUUAUCAACAAUUAUUUGGUAUCCCUAUUGGUUUAUCAAGAAUUUUACCCCCAGAUAUCAUAGAUGAAAGUGCAUUUUUACCAAUUAUUGAGAAAUUUAAGAAAAAAAAUGUGAAAAAAAAGUGUUCUAAGUUGUAA